GACCUCCCGCGUCUUCACUCCCGAACGGAUCGCGUUGCCGUUGCUUGCUGCUGUUGCUGCCGAUGCUCGUCUUCUGCAGUCAACUGUUUCUAGCGACCCGAGCCGGUUAAACGAACUAUUGUUUUACGUAACCUGUGAUCGAGAGUGCGAAUUUAUUAGAUUGGUGACCGUUAUCGGGAUUAUAGAUAAGAUAUGAAGUGGCCUGUGGUGGUUGGGAUAUUUACACUUUUUGGUGCUAUAUAUGCUCAGAUUCCUAAAGGAACUUUCUCGUGCGAAGGAAGGACGUCUGGUUACUAUGCUGACGUUGGUACAGGAUGUCAGGUUUACCACAUGUGCGAUGGCCUAGGAAGACAAUUUAGCUACACCUGUCCCAACGCAACUUUAUUCCAACAAAGAAUGCUGAUCUGCGACCAUUGGUACAUGGUGAACUGCAGCAAAUCAGAGGAAGAUUACAGCGCCAACUUGCUCAUAGGUCAAAGGGAAAAACCGUUUGUGGAAGACUCGGAAACCAAACCUUACUUCAGAACGCCCAGACCGGAUCUACUGUCACAACCAACCGCCUCCGAAGCUAACAUCAUCUACAGAAACAGCAGAACGAGCCCGAGCAACAACAUCGUAGGAGCCGGGUCACCAGCCACCGGCGAUCCAUCUUACUCCUUACCUAGUCAUUGGUCGACGGAAUACUCCAAAGAAUCGACUACCAGGGCUCCCAAUAAAGCGAGCAAUUACAAAACCAGCUCCAGUUUUGUGAGGACAAACUAUAAUAACGAUGACACGAAAAGAAGCAAAGGAAAGGCGAUUGAUGUAAAUAGUUCCAGGAAUAGGGUAAAUGAAGGCCAACAAAAUAGAUUUAAAUCUACUAGUAAAAAUAAUAAUAAUAACCGUCAAAAAGUAACUGUUAACUUCAAUUCCAACUUUAAGGCGACCACGCCAGUGUAUCCUCAAACAGUCGAUGUUAUUUCUGAUUCACCGGAAGAAGCAGGCCUACUACCACCACUAGCAGAGCAAUUCAGACAAGAAAACAUUAAAUUGCCUGAAGUUAAUUUCCAGUCUAAUUAUAAAGCUACCACACCAGUAUAUCCAAAAACUGUGGACGUUAUUUCUGACUUUCCCGAGGAAGCAGGAAUAUUACCACCACGUUUAGGAAACAACAGGCCAAAACAACAAGAACAAAGAGUAAAAGUGAACUUCGAGUCCAACUUUAAAGCCACAUCCCCAGUUUACCCGAAAACAUUGGAUGUUAUUUCAGAUUCCCCGGAAGAAGCCGGCAUUUUACCACCAAACUCAGAAUCAUUCAAAGUGAACCAAGGAGAGAAAUUUAAGGUUAACUUUCAAUCAAAUUUCAAGGCCACAACGCCAGUAUACCCAAAAUCUGUGGAUGUUAUAUCCGAUUUUUCUGAAGCAGAAGAAAUUUUACCACCAAGCUCAGGGGCAUCCAAAAUAAACCAAAAACCAAGAAAUAAAGUUAACUUUGAGUCGAAUUUUAAAGCUACUACGCCAGUAUAUCCGAAAAGUGUAGAUGUUAUUUCGGAUUCUCCUGAAGCAGCAGGAAUUUUACCUCCACGUUCAGGAAAUAAAAGACCAAAUCCAGAACAACGAGUAAAUUUUAACUUUGCUUCAAAUUUCGAAGCAACAACACCAGUGUAUCCAAAAACUGUGGAUGCUAUUCCGUUCUCGGCUGAAGAAGCUGGUCUUUUACCACCAAGACCAAAACAAAAUAAAACAAACAACCAGGAAAAUAUUGUCGUCAAUUUUGCUUCAAAUUUUAAAGCAACCACCCCAGUGUAUCCAAAAACAGUCGAGGCAACUUCCGAAGAUGCCGAUGGCGCUGGUGUUCUACCUCCUCUGCAAAGAACUCAGGAAAUCAAAGAAAACAUACGAGUAAACUUUAAGUCGAACUUCAAAGCCACUACCCCGGUGUACCCUAAAACAGUAGAACCAACCUCACAAAACCCCGAGGAUGUGGGCUUAGUAGCACCCCAAUCAAAAACAGUUUCCAUACAAAAAAUCCCUAGUCUAUCCCUAGAUUUAGAAGCGCCAUUCUUUGAUGAAGUACCUUCAAAGAAGAACAAGACGUUCCCAGCUGACCCGCCUUCGAAAUUUUAUCAGCCACCUCGUUUCGAGCCUGAUUUCAGUCAGCCAAAACAAAAACUUCAAGAAAACUUUGUACGAAAACCUUUCGACUUCGGUUCCAUGAACCCUGCUCAAUGGAAUCAGCUGAGAAGAGAUUAUCAAAUCCCUGAAUACGACUUUCCGCUAGAUGCCGCCACUAGGCCGAGUUACGACAGCAACUUUAGCUCUUUUAUGGCGAAAUCUAAGAAAAAAUAAUCAAAUAGGCUUAAUGUAUAAUAUUUUAUAAAAUUGUUACAAAAUUGAAUAUGGUAAAGGUAUGUAUGACCGAUUAUAAAAUUUAUACAUUUACUUUUACUUACUUUUUCAUGCUCUUAGGCAAACAAAAUUAUAAAAUUUGUGCGAAUUGUAAAUUUGCUUGAAGGGCAUGAAACGACUUAUGUAUUACACAACAGUCAUAAUCUAAGUACUUUUUUAAAUAGAGUGUAGUAUCUACCAAAAUAAAAAAAAGCCGUUAAAAACCAUAAUAAAAUAAUUUUAUAUCGUUAGGUUAAUAAGAAUUGUUUUAUAUUUCACACCAAAGGUUAAAUAAAGCAGAUAUGACACUCCGUUUGUAAUCUUUAUCAUUUAACUAGUCAAAAAUAUGUUAAAUGAUUAAGAAAAUCAUAACUUGUACAUAA